AUGCGCUAUGAUGAAUCAUCGGCUGACCUGCCCUGGAAGGUUGUUUAUGUUCCACCAGUGAACAAGUGGCCUACGCCAAGUGCUUGGGCUAUGUUUACAUUUGCCGUAGAGUCCCCCAUUGCUAAAGAUGAGCAAGACCGGACCAUUAUGGUUCAAUCAGAGCCUGGGAUUGUGGUGAUGACAAAUCCGCAUCGCCAGAUUGCCGGCUCAGAUUUCAGCCUGGCGAACAGUGCUGAUGGCUGGACUCUGUCUGGUCAGCUGGAGGUUGUAGGCGGAAACAUGCCAUCCCAGGGCGUGAGACAUCAGGCGGUUGCCUGGGGUGGUCUUAGCCACUACAUCUACGGAGUCGAUGAAGUUCAGAGCCUGGAUUUCGCUACGGGCAUCGAUUUAGCAAAAUGGUACUUUGAGGCCUCGCCCCAGGUCUUCUACAGAAAGGAGAGCGAUGGCAAGGUGAUGUGCUUUCGGCAUUGGCCAUGUGCUGGUUGUUGGGGUGGAAAGGUGAGAAGGGCAGAGAAAAAUAUUGAGGCUAGCUGAAAGACGGUGCACUAGGGUGCUCUCAGUGUCACCUCAAGAUCUUUCAGGUCCUUGUCCCUCUGUGCGCGAAGGCUCCCAAAUUGAAUCAUCUUCAACAAGUCAUGUAACCUCCCUAAGCCAUGCUUUAUAGUGAUAUUUUUGUAUUCCCUGGAGCCUUACAACUUCUAGCCGCCUUAGCCAGAAGCAUUUUACGGCAGAACUUUAG